GGUUUCCGGUGGAUAGCGUGACGCAGUAUUGUACCUGGAAGUUUUGACUGCUUGAUUCUCUGCGCAUGCUCAUCCAUUGUCAUUAGAGAUUGCAGUGUUGUUUGUGAGUACUGGAUGAUGGCAGCUACACUAACAGCGUGAAGAGAGAGCGUAGAUGCCUGGAGAAAUGCAGAGAAUAAGGACUUUGAAAACUGGUUGGCAGCUGCUGAAAUCAAGCUGUGAGGGAGCAGCAAAACUAGUAAACACCUCGCCUUCGACCUCACGAAAUUAUAGCCAUCUCCCUCCUCAGGGCUCCAACUCGUUCGGGCUCCUCUUUGACAUUGAUGGGGUACUGGUGCGGGGCAGGACACUGAUCCCUGCAGCCAAGCAGUGCUUCAGGAACCUGGUGGAUUACAAUGGGAAAUACAAAUUGCCUGUGGUGUUUGUCACCAAUGCUGGGAACUGCAUGAGGCAGACCAAAGCCGAGCAUCUGUCACAUCUGCUCGAAGUGGAGGUGUCUCCAGACCAGGUGAUGCUGUCCCACAGUCCUUUGCGAAUGUUUACCCAGUUCCACAAAAUGCGUGUGCUGGUGUCGGGACAGGGUCCUGUGGAGGAGGUGGCUCGCAACCUGGGCUUUCAGGAUGUUGUUACUAUAGAUAUGCUCAGAGAGGCAUAUCCUCUCCUAGAUGUCGUAGAUCACAACAGAAGACCCAAGGACAGAAUUCCACCCACCAAAGGCUUACGGCCAAUAGAUGCUGUCAUCUUAUUUGGUGAGCCAAUCAGAUGGGAGACCAACCUCCAGCUUAUCGUUGACGUGCUGCUAACAAAUGGGGACCCAGACAACGCCUGGAGUUCGAUGCAGUACCCUCACAUCCCAGUCUUGGCCUGUAACAUGGACCUACUGUGGAUGGCCGAGGCGAAAAAUCCCAGGUUUGGUCACGGGAUGUUCCUAGUGUGCUUAGAGAGCCUGUACAAGAAGGUCACAGGCUAUGAGCUGAAGUACGAGGCUCUGAUCGGUAAACCCAGUGUGGUGACUUACAACUACGCUGAGCUGCUGAUAAGACAGCAGGCUGAGAGACUUGGCUGGACCACACCUGUGAAGAGGCUGUAUGCCAUAGGUGAUAACCCCAUGGCUGACAUAUACGGCGCCAAUCUGUACAACCGCUACCUCCAGGAUUCUCUGCGUACCAAGGCCCGGAUGCAGGCUAAGAGUGGCAGAGGAGGUGUAGAUCCCUUGGCAGAAGCUAUCAAUGACACGCCGAAAAUGACAUCAGCAGAAUUAGGCGGAGCGUCAAGUGUGUACGGGGCAGAGGAGGACCUCCCCGAGGGGUGCAGCUCCAUGUUGGUGUGCACAGGAGUGUACAGCAGAGACCAGCAGGAGCUGCCCUCAGACUCAACGCACACUGUCACUGAGCAGCACAUCUUCCACGGUCACAGGGACUUCCGCUUUGACCCCAGCCUCACGCAGCCGUCCUUCGUGGUGCAGGAUGUAAAGGAGGCGGUGGAGCUGGUGUUUCAGCAGGAAGGCUGGCCACUGGAGUAGGAUGAGUGGCUCGAGUCUCUCAAACUCUGGCUUCAUCUCACAGCCGUCCCUUAAGUGGUAGUAGCAGAAGCUUUGAGUGUUUUAUUAUUUUAAUUUUUUUCUCUAAUCUAAGCCCCUGAUUGUCACAGGGGAGAUGUAGCUGUUACUGUGGCUAGUUCUUAGAGAUUUUAAGUGCCAUAGAAUCAGCUGCAAAAAGCAACAGUAUGCAGGUUUACACUAAAUAUAGGAAAGUUACACACAUUUUAAGUGGGUAAUGCAUGGUAGUGUAUCACAGAUCGAUGCAGUACCUGUUUUGUAUUUUUCAUGAACACCCACAUUCCUGUUUCUAAUAGCCCUACAUACUAUAUAUAUAUAUAUUACAUAGUCCUUUCAUGCCUUUUCUUUCUCUUUUUUAACGCACAUGGAUUGUUAAGAAUGCAAGUCUAGGUGUUGAUUUGCAUGCAUUUUUACUACACUACUAGUCCAUGGAUUAGAGUUCAAAUAUAGUUACACAUUAAGAAGGAUAAGAUGGAUUUUAUUCUUUGCACAACACUCUACCUUACUGGGUCAUCUUGCCUUUCCAAAAUAUACACACACGCACACACACACACACACACACACACACACACACACACCCUCAGUAGGUCUUAACUAGACCAGUUCUGCUGUCAUAUGUCAGCUUGAUUUGUUUUUAAGAUAGGGUGAAUGCGUAACCACUAAUGCUGACAAGAAUAAGUUGCCAGGUUUCACUUUAGUACCUCAUCAGUUUUGAUUUUAGCCUCAAUCAAGAGUACAGUAAUUUUAUUUUACUACUAUUUUGUGAAAAUGUCAGAAUUAUACAAAGUACCACAUUUUCCACAGUUAUUUGGAAAAUGCUAUUUUUCUGUCAAGUGGGUUUAGUUAUGAAAAUCUUAUGAAUGGUUAAUGUGAAUGUCUGUAUUAGAAGACUUGUGGGAGAACAAAUUUAAUUACAGUUGAAGCACCAGUGAACAUUUCUUGUUCACAAGUGCUGGUUUGUCAUAAUUGUAACCGACAGGUAUAACAGUGAAUGAUUUGCAGGUUAAAACUGUGGAACUCUAUGUACUGUAAAAGUCAUACUGUAUGAAAGAACAAUUAAAAAGGAUGAAAGACACAAAAA